GCGUUGUCGCUAGAGCAAAAAGCGAACAUUUCACGGCACGGUGUCCCAUAUAGUGUGUGAUCGUCAAGGAGUUCAGUCUACAGUGUUUUAGCGGUCCCGUUUUUCUGUGCUUGAAAAGAGAAUCAGAAAAAAAGAAGAGAGUGAACAUAAUUUCUUCGGUUUUAAUUGUUGAGAUCCAGCAGCUGGACGAAAGUUUUUCUCGCUUAGUGGAAAAACAAGAACAGUUUUUAAAACUCGAAAAAGCCAACGUUUUAAAGGCUAAACAAUAUCUUUUUGUUAAAACUUUGUUGUAAAACAGUCAAAAGCCAGCACCAUGAGAGAAAUCGUUCACAUCCAAGCCGGUCAGUGCGGAAACCAAAUUGGAGCUAAGUUUUGGGAAAUCAUCUCCGAUGAGCACGGAAUCGAUGCUACCGGUGCCUACCAUGGUGAUUCGGAUCUGCAGCUGGAGCGCAUCAAUGUGUACUACAACGAGGCGUCCGGUGGUAAAUAUGUGCCACGUGCCGUGCUCGUAGAUCUGGAACCGGGUACCAUGGACUCGGUCCGCUCCGGUCCAUUCGGACAGAUCUUUCGCCCGGAUAACUUCGUGUUCGGACAGUCCGGUGCCGGUAACAACUGGGCCAAGGGACACUACACUGAAGGUGCCGAACUGGUCGACUCAGUGCUAGACGUGGUCCGUAAGGAGGCCGAAUCGUGCGACUGCCUGCAGGGAUUCCAGCUGACCCACUCGCUAGGAGGUGGUACCGGAUCCGGUAUGGGAACGUUGCUGAUCUCCAAAAUCCGAGAAGAGUAUCCCGACAGAAUUAUGAACACAUACUCAGUUGUCCCCUCGCCCAAAGUGUCAGACACCGUCGUGGAACCAUACAACGCCACCCUGUCCGUGCACCAGCUGGUAGAAAACACCGACGAAACCUACUGCAUUGAUAACGAAGCCCUGUACGAUAUCUGCUUCCGAACCCUGAAACUCACAACUCCAACCUACGGUGAUCUGAACCAUCUCGUCUCGCUGACAAUGUCCGGCGUUACCACCUGCUUACGUUUCCCUGGUCAACUGAAUGCUGAUCUGCGAAAAUUGGCCGUCAACAUGGUACCAUUCCCACGUCUCCACUUCUUCAUGCCCGGUUUCGCCCCACUGACCUCCCGUGGCUCGCAACAGUACCGUGCUCUGACCGUUCCAGAACUGACUCAGCAGAUGUUUGACGCUAAGAACAUGAUGGCCGCCUGCGAUCCACGACACGGACGAUACCUGACUGUUGCUGCUGUGUUCCGUGGCCGAAUGUCGAUGAAGGAAGUCGACGAACAAAUGCUAAACAUUCAAAACAAGAACAGCAGCUACUUCGUUGAAUGGAUUCCCAACAACGUCAAGACCGCCGUCUGUGAUAUUCCUCCACGAGGUUUGAAGAUGUCUGCCACCUUCAUCGGAAACUCGACCGCGAUCCAGGAGUUGUUCAAGCGCAUCUCAGAACAGUUCACCGCUAUGUUCCGUCGUAAGGCUUUCUUGCAUUGGUACACUGGCGAGGGUAUGGACGAAAUGGAAUUCACUGAAGCCGAGAGCAACAUGAACGAUCUGGUGUCGGAAUAUCAGCAAUACCAGGAAGCCACCGCUGACGAGGAUGCUGAAUUCGACGAAGAACAGGAGGCUGAAGUUGACGAAAACUAAAUCUAGCUCUCAAAACACACACACA